AUGAAGCGUUCUUCUUUCACUCGCGACAACAAUAACGAUUCCAACAAGAAACAUUGUACUCGAUCGCCUUGCCCUUCUUCAACUUUGCACAGCAACGACAAUACCACUAUGAGUGUACAAGUACUAUCUAUUAUUCAAGAUACCAUCCAUCAUUUGGACAAAGGUCGCAUCGAUCAAUGUCUCAGUAAUAGACUCUCUGCCGAAGCCUUGGAUGAAUUGGAUCCCAAAAGUGCAGAGAUAGCAACGUCCCUGGAGGCUGCCCUGAAGAAUAUCGCACAACGACAAUUACAACUAGAGACUGAGAACUUGCGUUAUCGGAUAGCGAUUCAGCAACAACAUCAGCUGUUGCUAGGUCAACAACAAUUGCAACAGGGUGGCAAUAUGCCGCUACCAUCGACAUCCUCGUCAUCAGCACCCUCAUCUUCAUCAGCAACAGGCAAGAACAUCAAUCCAUCUUCAUCUUCAACCACAACCACCACAUCCUCGUCUAGAGAAGAAGACGAUGUCCCAUUGCCAACUUCAUCCUCGACACAAGGUGCUGCUGCCAAUAGUCGUACUUUGGAACGACAUCGCCCUGAUGACCUACACAUGACUUCUGAAGAAGGAAUUCCCACUAUCCGCGAGACUUCAUUGAUCGAACGAAUGCAAACUCCCGCUGAGCCCAUUGUAUCCUUGCCAACCAAUCAUCGUAUUACUACCGACAGAUAUCAGAUCCCUGCACCUAUGCCCACACCACCUUUUACUGUUCCACCUGGUUCGACUGCUUUUCCCGUAUUCUUUGGCAACGACAGCACCACCGCCGCCGCUGCUACUGCUACUGCUACUGCUACUGCUACUUCAUUGAUGCCUGCUUCUUCUUCUUCCAACAACAACAACACUGAUGCCGCCGAUAACAUUGUAUGCUCGGAUUGCGUUAUGCAAGCCGUCAAGGUCGCCUCUGCUAUUUAUGCUGGUGAAUUGCACCAACGUGUGACAUGUAACCAUGAAGGAUGCAUUUCAUCAUCAUCUGCUGCUGCUCUCUCUCAAAACGCUCCUAUCAACACCCUCAAGAAUGCUGUCAAUGCCAUGGCCAAUCAUUUACAAAGAGUGACGGAUGAAGUGAUGUAUGUGGCUCAUGAAACGGCUGUCAAGGGCAAACUCGGUGUGCAAGCACGAUGCGAUUCACAAAUGCGUGGUGUAUGGCGUGAAGUGGUUGUUGAUAUGAACAACAUGACCCGUAACCAUCUUGAACAAGUACGUGAUAUUGCGGAUGUUUCUACGGCUAUUGCACGUGGUGAUCUCAGCAAGACCAUGACGGCUCCCGUUAAGGGUGAGACACUUGUCCUCAAGAACACAUUCAAUACGAUGGUGAAUCAGCUGAACACUUUUGCAUCCGAAGUAUCACGCGUGGCCCAUGAAGUUGGCACAGAAGGCAAAUUGGGUGUCCAAGCCAAAGUUGCUGGUGCAGAUGGCAUUUGGAAAGAGCUUACGGAUAACGUCAAUACCAUGGCCGACAAUCUUACCAACCAAGUUCGUGACAUUGCUCAAGUCUCCAAAUCGGUGGCUCGAGGUGACCUUACCAAAAAGGUGACAGUGGAAGUUCGUGGUGAAAUGCUUGACCUCAAAAACACAAUCAAUACGAUGGUGGAUCAGCUUUCGACAUUUGCACUUGAAGUGACCCGCGUAUCGCUCGAAGUUGGCACUAAGGGUAUUCUCGGUGGCCAAGCUGUUGUCAAGGAUGUGGAUGGGACAUGGAAAGACCUUACCGACAAUGUCAAUUUGAUGGCAUGCAAGAUUACCGACCAAGUCAGAGAUAUUGCUGUUGUGGCAAAAGCAGUAGCCAAAGGUGAUCUCAGCAAAAAGGUGGUUGCCAAUGCACAAGGCGAAGUUCUAGAACUCAAAAACACAAUGAAUCGUAUGGUUGAUCAAUUGACAUUAUUCUCUGCCGAAGUACGUCGUGUAUCACUUGAAGUCGGCGUUGAAGGCAAACUUGGUGGUCAGGCUGUAGUCAAGGAUGUGGGAGGUGCUUGGAAGGAUCUUACCGACAAUGUGAAUACCAUGGCAGCGAAUCUUACCACCCAAGUACGAUCGAUUGCUGAAGUCACCAAAGCAGUAGCCAAAGGCGAUUUAUCAAAAAAGAUUGACGUGGAAACGCGAGGCGAGAUUUUGGAUUUGAAGAAUACGGUCAACAACAUGGUGGAUCAGCUCAGGGUAUUUUCGACUGAGGUGACACGUGUUGCCAAAGAAGUUGGUACAGAAGGCAAGCUUGGUGGUCAAGCAUUUGUACCCAAUGUGGAUGGCACGUGGAAGGACCUGACAGAUAAUGUGAAUACCAUGGCAACCAAUCUCACCACCCAAGUACGAUCCAUUGCCGUUGUCACAAAAGCCGUUGCCAAUGGUGAUCUCAGCAAAAAGAUUCAUGUGAAUGUGAGCGGUGAAAUAUCGGAUCUCAAGGACACUGUCAACAAUAUGGUGGAUCAAUUACGUGUAUUUGCAUCCGAAGUGACACGUGUGGCAAGAGAAGUGGGUACAGAAGGCAAGCUUGGUGGUGAAGCCAAUGUCCCUAGUGUGAGUGGCACGUGGAAGGAUCUCACCGACAAUGUCAAUACCAUGGCAGCGAAUUUGACAACGCAAGUGCGAUCGAUUGCUCAAGUAACAAAAGCUGUGGCUAAGGGUGAUCUUAGCAAAAAGAUUGAUGUCGAGACACAAGGCGAGAUUUUGGAUUUGAAGAACACGGUCAACAACAUGGUGGAUCAGCUCAAUAUAUUUGCAGCCGAGGUCACUCGUGUGGCCAAAGAGGUGGGCACAGACGGCAAACUUGGUGGUCAGGCGUCUGUGCCAAAUGUGGAUGGCACGUGGAUGGAUCUCACGGAUAAUGUCAACCAAAUGGCCGCCAAUCUCACGGCUCAAGUGCGCUCUAUUGCUGAAGUCACCAAAUCAGUCGCUCAUGGUGAUCUUUCCAAAAAGAUUGAAGUUGAAAGCGGUGGUGAAAUUCUCGAGCUCAAGAAUAUUGUCAACAAUAUGGUGGAUCAAUUACGUGUCUUUGCAUCUGAAGUCACUCGUGUGGCUCGUGAAGUGGGCACGGAUGGCAAUCUUGGUGGACAAGCUGUGGUACAAGGUGUUGCUGGUACCUGGAAAGAUUUAACCGACAAUGUGAAUAUCAUGGCUGCCAAUUUGACAAGUCAAGUACGAUCGAUAGCAGAGGUCACCAAGGCUGUGGCAUUGGGUGAUUUAUCUAAAAAGAUCGAAGUUGAGAGCGGUGGUGAAAUCCUUGAGCUCAAGAAUAUUGUCAACAACAUGGUGGAUCAAUUACGUAUAUUUGCCUCUGAAGUCACGCGUGUUUCCAAGGAAGUGGGCACUGAAGGCAAAUUGGGAGGACAAGCUCUUGUGCGAGGCGUGGCUGGUACUUGGCAUGAAUUGACGGAUAAUGUCAAUACCAUGGCUGCCAAUCUUACUACUCAAGUACGAUCGAUUGCUCAAGUGACCAAGGCUGUAGCCAAUGGUGAUCUAUCAAAGAAAAUCGAGGUCGAGACACGUGGCGAAAUCCUUGAUUUGAAGAAUACCGUCAACAACAUGGUGGAUCAAUUGAACGUAUUUGCUGCUGAAGUGACUCGUGUGGCAAAGGAAGUGGGCACGGAUGGCAAAUUGGGUGGUCAAGCUUCUGUACCUAAUGUCGAUGGCACGUGGAUGGAUCUUACCGAUAACGUCAAUCAAAUGGCAGCCAAUUUGACAGACCAAGUACGAUCCAUUGCUGAAGUAACCAAGGCCGUUGCAUUGGGAGAUCUUUCCAAAAAGAUUGAAGUUGAAAGUGGCGGUGAAAUCCUUGAGCUCAAGAAUAUUGUCAACAACAUGGUGGAUCAGCUUCGUGUCUUUUCAACAGAGGUCACUCGUGUAUCACGUGAAGUGGGUACCGAAGGCAAGCUUGGUGGACAAGCCGUCGUUAAUGGGGUAGCUGGCACAUGGAUGGAUCUUACGGAUAACGUCAACACGAUGGCUGCCAAUCUUACUACCCAAGUACGCUCCAUUGCUCAAGUCACUAAAGCUGUUGCCAAUGGUGAUCUAUCAAAGAAAAUUGACGUGGAAACGCGUGGUGAAAUCCUUGAUCUCAAGAAUACGGUCAAUGACAUGGUGGAUCAGCUUCGAGUGUUCUCAACAGAAGUGACCCGUGUUGCCAAAGAAGUUGGUACAGAAGGCAAGCUUGGUGGUCAAGCAUUUGUACCCAAUGUGGAUGGCACGUGGAAAGAUCUCACAGACAACGUGAAUACCAUGGCAACCAAUCUCACCACUCAAGUCCGAUCCAUUGCUCAAGUGACAAAAGCCGUCGCUCUCGGCGAUUUAUCCAAAAAGAUUGAAAUUGAAACACGUGGCGAGAUUCUCGAGCUCAAAGAUAUCGUCAAUGAAAUGGUGGAUCAACUACGUAUUUUUGCAUCAGAGGUCACGCGUGUAUCAAAAGAAGUCGGCACCGAAGGCAAAUUGGGUGGCCAAGCUGUUGUUCAAGGUGUUGCUGGUACCUGGAAAAACUUGACGGAUAAUGUCAAUAUCAUGGCAGCCAAUUUGACAAGUCAAGUACGAUCCAUUGCCGAGGUGACCAAAGCUGUGGCAUUGGGUGACUUAUCCAAGAAGAUUGAAGUUGAGAGUGGUGGUGAGAUUCUCGAGCUCAAGGAUAUUGUCAAUGAAAUGGUGGAUCAGCUUCGUAUAUUUGCAUCAGAGGUUACACGUGUAUCAAAAGAAGUCGGCACUGAAGGCAAAUUGGGUGGCCAAGCUGUUGUACAAGGUGUUGCUGGUACCUGGAAAAACUUGACGGACAAUGUGAAUAUCAUGGCAGCCAAUUUGACGAGUCAAGUACGAUCCAUUGCCGAGGUGACCAUAGCUGUGGCAUUGGGUGACUUAUCCAAGAAGAUCGAAGUUGAGAGCGGUGGUGAAAUUCUCGAGCUCAAGAACAUCGUCAACAACAUGGUGGAUCAACUUCGUGUCUUUUCUACCGAGGUUACAAGAGUGGCACGUGAAGUGGGUACAGAAGGCAAAUUGGGUGGACAAGCUCUGGUUCAAGGUGUUGCUGGCACAUGGAAAGAUUUGACUGAUAAUGUCAACAUGAUGGCUGGUAAUCUCACUACGCAAGUGCGUUCCAUUGCUACUGUUACCACGGCUGUUGCAAAGGGUGAUUUAUCACGCAAGAUUGUGGUUGAAGUACAAGGUGAAAUUCUUGAGCUAAAGGAUACGGUGAAUUCCAUGGUGGAUCAGCUACGUGUAUUUGCUGCCGAGGUAACCCGUGUGGCGCGAGAAGUGGGUACCGAAGGCAAAUUGGGUGGCCAAGCAGCUAUUCGUGGCGUUGAUGGAACCUGGAAAGACUUGACAGACAAUGUCAAUUCGAUGGCAAGCAAUCUCACAGACCAAUUACGUGCUAUUGCAGCAGUAUGUAAAGCUGUGGCACAAGGUGAUUUAUCCAAGAAGAUUGAAGUCGAGGUGCAUGGUGAAAUUGCCGAGCUCAAGAACACCAUCAAUACCAUGGUUGAUCAACUCAACUCGUUUGCCUCUGAAGUGACAAGGGUUGCUCGUGAAGUGGGUACUGAAGGCAAAUUGGGUGUACAAGCCGAAGUCGAAGAUGUGGAAGGUGUUUGGCGUGAGAUCACAAGCAAUGUCAAUACCAUGGCAAGCAACCUUACGACCCAAGUACGUGCAUUUGCACAAAUUUCAGCUUCUGCCACGGCGAAUGACUUUUCACGUAUGAUCACCGUUGAAGCUUCUGGUGAAAUGGAUUCGCUAAAGACCAAGAUCAAUCAAAUGGUGGCCUCGCUGCGUGAUGCUAUUGAUAAAAAUCGACUUGCGAAAGAAGCUGCUGAAUUGGCCAAUCGAUCCAAGAGCGAGUUCCUUGCCAACAUGAGUCACGAGAUCCGAACACCCAUGAACGGCAUUAUUGGCAUGACAUCGUUGACUUUGGAGACCGAGCUUACACGUCAACAGCGUGAAAACUUGAUGAUUGUAUCCAGCCUGGCCAAUAGCCUGUUGACGAUCAUUGAUGACAUUUUGGAUAUUUCCAAGAUCGAAGCGGGUCGCAUGACCAUCGAGAAGAUUCCAUUUUCGUUACGAUCCAACAUGUUCAGUGUGCUCAAGACCUUAGCUGUCAAGGCGAAUCAAAAGAAGCUCGAUUUGAUAUACAAUGUGGAUAACUCGAUUCCUGAUCAAUUGGUGGGUGAUCCUUUCCGUUUACGACAAGUGAUCACCAAUUUGAUCGGCAAUGCUGUCAAAUUUACCAACCAUGGAGAAGUUGUACUACGAUCACGUUCCGUUGGCAUGAAUGGUGAUGAUGUCAUGGUCGAAUUUUGUGUAAGCGAUACUGGCAUUGGUAUUCCUUCAGACAAGUUGGAUGCUAUCUUUGAUACAUUUGCACAAGCGGAUGGUGGCAUCACACGACAAUAUGGUGGCACUGGUCUUGGCUUAUCUAUUUCCAAGCACUUUGUACAGCUCAUGGGUGGCAAGUUAUGGGUCGAGAGCAUGUAUGGUCGUGGAUCCGAGUUUUACUUUACGGUGAAUUUGCAAAGAUACCAUGUCAAGACCGAUGAGAUUCAAGAAAAGCUUGCUCGUUUCAGAGGACGACGUGUAUUAUAUCUCGAGUCGCCUGGCAACGAAUCAACCUUGGUUUCUCAAGUAGCCGAGCUUGGACUACAACCUGUAAAAGUAAGCAGCAUGGAAGAAGCGACCGAGACAGCCAACAAUCGAAGUGCAGCAGCGAGCAAAAAGAACACCCAUGUACCACCUUUCGAUGUGCUUGUAGUGGACAACAUGACACACGCUGAACGCAUUCGAGAGAUUGUACACUUGCGAUUCACGCCUAUUGUAUUGAUCACCCCAGAGAUCCAUCCACUCAAUAUGAAACUAUGCAUCGAUUUGGGCAUUACUAGCUGUGUCAACACACCCAUCACCAACCCUGAUUUGGCACAUGCGUUGUUACCUGCUCUCGAAAACCAUGUGGCCGUUCCAAGCGAUGCAUCCAAAUCAGCAGCACUUGAAAUCUUACUUGCUGAAGACAACCCCGUCAACCAAAAGCUUGCAGUACGCAUUCUCGAAAAGUUUGGACACCAUGUCCACAUUGUUGCAAACGGUCAAUUGGCUGUCGAGGCAUUCCAGAACAAGAGGCUUGAUCUCAUUCUCAUGGACGUCCAAAUGCCUGUUAUGGGCGGCUUUGAAGCAACUCAACAAAUUCGACGACUUGAGAAAUCAUCCGGCACCAAUGCCCAUAUACCCAUCAUUGCACUUACUGCACACGCCAUGAUCGGCGACCGUGAAAAAUGCUUGAAUGCAGGCAUGGAUGAAUACGUAACCAAGCCGCUCCGUUUCCCUGAACUCAUUGCUGCUAUCAAAAAGUUCGCCCCACAAUGA